UCUUGUAUCGCAUCUAUAAUAACAUACAUCUAUCGAAUUAUCGAUAGAUAUAAUUCCCAUUAUUAGUCAUUAUCUUGAGAUAAGUGUCAGUUGGCAAUAUGGCGGUGACACGACGCGGGUACAUUUUCGGAGCGUUUCUGUCCGGCGUGUUGAGUGUGCUGUUGAUUAUUGUAGCCGUGUCCAGUGACAGUUGGAUAGUCUCAACCGCAUUAGCAGAGUUAGAUGUGGCCGAAAGCGAUAUCCAAUAUGGGUUGUUUAGAGGAGAGCUGGUGCUCCGAAGUCUGGGGACACCCACUUUCAGUACGCUGUUUAUGACAUGUCUGCCUGAGGAGAAUGCGUGUGCUGUCAGCUGCAAGACUGAGAGGACAGCCAGGGUUGAAGAUGUUCGUGCCUUGGCCCAAGGAAAUGCCCCUAGCCUCGCGUGUGGGUCCAUUACUACUGUGCAAGUACUCGACCCACCCAACAAGCCAGCAGUGAUUUCCUUCGGGUUCUACAUCAGCCUCCUGGUGGUCCUGUUCCUUCAGCUCCUGUUUGCGAUAAUAGCAGCCGGCCUGGCCAUCAUCAACUCGACUAAGAACCCAACGGAACCCAUGUUCGGGUUGCCCGGCUGUCUUUGGAGCAACGCAGUGGCAUCAGUGCUUGGUUUCACAUCAUUACUCAUGUUCGGAAUCUACUGGGCCGCUUCGGGCCUCAAGAGCCAUCUGGCCCUUUCGUACAUAGCGGGAGGCGACUACGCGUUCACAGCGGGCCUGGGAUAUUCUUUCUGGCUUCUUCUAGUAGCACUGCUGUGUUCCAUGGCCAACGUAGGCCUCAUCGAGCUCCGCAGGUACCUGCUCGAACGGGACCCGCCGCCGCCCGUCAUCAAAGUUGAGAACCAUUCCGAUGGGACCAUAUUUUUGUAUUAAUAACAGCGCCGGAAUAUAUGACGAAGCUUUGGUGUACUCCCAUUUGUCCCUGCCCCACGUGACGCCGCCAUACAUGGGGCGAGGACAAACGGGAAUGAUUUAUAUGCAGCGCCUAUUCCCAUCUGUGCCCAGCGGGGACAGAUGGACAUACACCUAAGCUCUUAGUACAUUUUUGACUUCAAAAAGCGGUCCACAUGACGGACACGUAUCACUGACAAUUAUUAUCCCUUCUCCAUACUCCAUAAUUACCGCCGCGCCCGCAGCUUUGAGUAUUACCCGAUAGGUACUGACACAAUUUUCGCUAUUAAAGGUCCCCGGCAAGCUCGGUUCUCCAUACAAACGUAGUUAACGACUAGCUUAAUUGCUCUGAAACUUUGUACUUACAAUAAGAUAAGGUAUAUCUAGGUCUGUUAAUAAUUAGUUUAUAUAAUUUCAGAUACAAUAGUAAAAAAAAUACGAUUUUGUUUUUUUAUACAAAACUUGUUUUUGCUCUAUUUCGUUUGUUUUAUAUACUAGAGCUAUAUAAGAGAAUUACAGACCUAGAUAUACCUCAUGUCAUUGUAUAGGUAUAUGCAAAGUUUCAGAGAAGUUUCUGUUUGUAUGGGAAGGUGAAAUUCGGCCGAGCUUGCCGGGGACUCUUAAAAAAUGUUGUGAUUGAUAGCCUCUAAAAGUUUUGAUUGACUAAAAUAAAAUUAUAUUUAUGUCAGAAAACAUUAUUGCACGGCAUAACAAUAUAUUUGACGUCCAGUUGAGUCGCACGCGGCACAAUGCACGUUGGGUCAUUUUUGAGUUCCAGUCAGAUUUCUAUACUUAUUCUAAUAGUUUGUUUACUAAAACAUAUUAUUAAGAACCGUCCAGUACCUAAUUACUAUUAGGUACGCUUUCGUUCCUUCACAGUUGUCACAAAAAUAAAGCGUUCAAACUACGACAGAUAGUGCACCUACCCA